ACAGAAAAUCGGAUGUCAGCUAAUAGUGCGUGUGAGCUGGUAUUGAUUUAAUUUUCUUUACGCAUAUUGUAAUCCGAAAUUGUUUGCUCUUGGCGAGUUUUGAGGACUGCGCAUCGGAAAUUCUAGUUAAGCUGUCGUGAUAUUACACAUUGCGGUACGGCUGAAAGCUGAUUGUAAGGGAGCGGUAUUCCGAUAAGUGGAUUCUGAAGAUUUCAUAAAGUGCAGAAGAUGCCUGACUGGAUGGAUGUUGAUGCGACAUCCCGUAUCCUAGCAUCUACCUGUAACAAACAAGUGUCAUUCAAAGCUGUAUUCCCCUUGAGCGUACUUCAUACUCCCAGUUCUGGUUUUGUGCCCUUCUCGUAUAUAAACUGCAUCUUCGUGGUUUGUCGUUGACUGAUGACUUCAGUACGCGCGCCGUUAUGAUCAUGUACGGAAAACUAAAAUCUGCAAAUUUCUUUUUUGGGCUCACGUUUAAACUACGGUGUUACAAGUUUUGGAUCUGAUUUAUAUAAUAUGCAAUGUCUUGGUUUAUUAAGGAUAAUUACAUUUUGGUAAACAUCUUUACGCCGAUAACCUUUGCGUGAGCGACAUGUCCGCAUAUGUAUUGAUUUUUUAUCAAUGGGUUCCUGUGCGUUUUGGAAAAAUAAAUUUUGUGAAUUAUACACAACACUGUGUUUUGAAUUUUUAAUUGUUUGGAAGUCACAGAGUCUGCAGUACACGUAAAAGCCAUUAUGGUUAAAUUUAAUCAAUUAUUAUCAAAGCAUCUAAUCUGUACUGCGGCGGAAAUCCGUUCUCUGCACCGCUCCCGCUGCGGUUGGACAAUCUGUUGACAAUGGACUUCGCUGUGUUUAUUGAUCUUUUCUAUUUCCGACAGACACACAAUCGACUACUGUUCGUCUGACAUUCCCAUUAAAAAUUCGUGCUCUACGAUGCGGACUGUUAUAAAUUCUGAAGUUUAGUGUUUUAGCGAUAUCUCGAUAGAAGUAUAUCUUAUCGAUGCAGGGAAGAUGUACGACUAUCAGCUGUGAUAUGAUAAAUGCACUGUAUCGAGGGACCUCUGUACUGGCCAAGGAACCGACAUAGUAUUAAAAGCACGACCACCAGCGCGCACAUGACGCCAGCUCCCCUGACAUAUUAAUAUAUGUUAAUCCUAUUCCUGUUUACAACGAUAUCCAUUCGGGAGCGCAUUCGUCAGCUGAAGAAGCACCUGCCAGGCCGAAUGCAGUCCGGUCUGCUGACGGCGCCCGAUGGCGAUGGGCCCAACGACAUCUCCACCUCGCCAAGCCCCGUCAAUGUUCCACCUCCGACGGGCGGGGAAUUCCGACCGCUCCUACGCCAUCCGGGCAACGGCUACUCCUCCCUGGACAAUAUUCAGUCAGUGGAUGUGCGUCAUGAUGCGGGGGUCCCCACGGAAACCCGCAUCAACGUGGAGACGCCGCCCCCCUCGCCGUUAGCGGAGGGGGGCACAGCGUCGCCACUCCCGCUGGCGGACGGCGGCGAUGGGCCGUUUGAAGUAAAGUUUGUGGAUGAACGCCUGAAGACGCUGAUCGCCUUCCUUUUUAUGGCCUGCUGUAUGGUGUGCACGACGACGGCGCUGGCCAUCGUCCAUGAUCGACUGCCCGAUGUGCCGCCCUUACCGGAUCUCGUCUUCGACUGGGUGCCGCAGUGGGAUCUCGGACUGCCGAUAUCGGAGUAUUUGCUGAUUGCUUCCAUGUGGACGGCCAUAUUUUUGAUGAUUUUUCACCGAUACAGAUGGAUCGUUUAUCGACGACUGUUUAUGAUAGUGGGGCUGCUGUACUUGGGUCGGAGUGUUACAAUGCUGGUGACGGCCCUUCCGGUUGCUAAUACCGAUUAUUACUGCUCGCCAAAGAUGAACCAUACAUCCGUACUAGUAAUUUUGGAAAGGAUUGGCAUGCUACUUAGCGGAUUGGGAUUGUCUGUCAAUGGGCGACAUAUCUACUGUGGAGAUUACAUCUACAGUGGGCACACAUGCGUCUUGGUCCUCUCCGCACUGGUCGUCACAGAAUAUGCUCCUCGCAAAUUUUUGCCCCUCAUGGUGGGAGUGUAUUUGAUGGCCAUGACCGGAAUUGUGAUGGUAUCCAUUUCUCGCGGUCACUACACUGUCGACAUUAUUUUGGCUUAUUACAUAACUACCAGGACAUUCUGGAUGUAUCAUACAAUCAUCUGCCACGUCGAAUUGAAGAAAUCUGGUUCUACAAACUUUUUGUCGCGAGUAUGGUGGUUUCGAAUACUGCAGUAUUUUGAGGCAAAUGUUCCGGAAGGGCGUCUCCCUAAACAUUUUAGUUGGCCGUUGCCAUUUCCGGCGCGCUGGCAAGAACAUCGCUGGGACUACACAGAAUGACUGCAUUUGCGCUUGCCCUUUGAUUUGUAUUAUUUUGAAUGAUUUUUGGAAGCAGCUGCCAUGAUUUUGGUCUCCUUGUAAUAGAGCCUGGCAAAAUACUUUUAUUUAACCAGUGCUACGGAACUGGCUGCAGCAAUAGAUGUGGCAUUCCGUCCGUUUUUGUGCUGCGUUUCCAGUAUUAACGGUGUGAAUCUUCUCUUUGGUCACUAAUUUUCUGUUUUCCAGCGUGUGAACUACUGAAUUUUAUUUCUGUUAACUGUCACACAUUUUAAGUUGCCCUCUGGUUUGCUGUGCUAGUCUUUCACUGAGUUUGUAAUUUAAUUUUAUGCAGUCUGCUGUGCGGAGAUUAUUGUGUUUUACAAAUUACUUUUAUUUUGUCGGUUGCUCCUGUUGCCGCUGAAUGUAACAAGCGCUUGUGUUGCGCUGUUUCUAUUUUUGUAUCGUCCGGUAACAGUAUGAAACGGUGAA